AUGACUGUCACAACCUCCGGCCCUGAGUUCCAUAACCAUGACUUUGAAUUCGCUACUAGAAGUCUCGUCCUCACUCCUGAAGAUCCCAUAAUCCUCAACUCCAACUCUGACAUUGUCUGGGAUACUGGCGCUUACGACUUCCUCCAAGCUGAGUGUCCCGGCACUGCGAACCCAUCUCUAUGGAGACAGGGGCAGCUCUGCAGCGUUCAAGCGGGGCUGUACAUAGUUACUGAGGCUAUUGUUAAUGAUAAAAAGUAUCGUAUUUACCAAGUGCGAGGCUUCGAUCUUGCCAACAUGAGCAUUGUACAAAUUCCGGAUUCGAAUGGAAUCAUCAUUAUUGACUGCUUGACCUCGGUUGAGACGGCGAAAAGAGCUAUUGACCUCUACCAGAAGCACCAUCACGAACUUUAUGGGACAAAGGCAGAUAUCAAGGCCCUCCUCUACACGCAUUGCCAUGCGGACCAUUUUGGCGGCGCCCAGGCUGUCAGGGAAAAAGCGGACCGUGAUCUUCAAAUUAUCGGCCCGGACGGCUUCCUCGAACAUGCCGUCAGUGAGAAUGUGUACGCCGGCGCGGCUAUGUCCCGCCGAUCCAUCUAUAUGUAUGGCGAAGCCUUAGAGAAAAGCCCCUCAGGACAGAUUGGCUGUGGACUUGGGCAGGCUUUGUCCACUGGGAGCAGUUCACUGGUGCCACCAACGCGGAACAUCACCCACGACGGUCCUCUCGACUUGGGUUUUAAACAACUAGAAAUCAACUGCCAGCUGACCCCAGGAACAGAAGCACCUGCGGAGGUGAAUUUCUAUUUUCCCCAAUACAAAGCGCUCUGCAUGGCAGAGAAUGCCACCCAUACCUUGCACAACAUCCAGACAUUGCGAGGUGCCCCUGUCCGUGAUGCACGACUGUGGUCUCGAUACCUCGAUGAGUCAAUUUCUCUGUUCGGUGAUAAGACAGAUGUGGUGUUUGCUAGCCACCACUGGCCUACAUGGAAUGUAUCGGAUGGCAACCCGAAGGACGAGAGCCUCGUGGUCACCUUUUUGGCUGAACAACGCGAUUACUACGCCUAUCUUCACAAUGAAUCGCUGCGGCAGCUCAAUGACGGCAAGUUACCUGGAGAAAUCGCUGAGGAUAUCCAAAUGCCGCCAACACUGAAGGUGCGGUCUAAUCUCCGUGGCUAUUAUGGCUCGAUCAAUCACAAUGUGAAGGGCGUCUACGACAAAUACAUGGGUUGGUUCGAUGGCAACCCCGCCAACCUCUGGCCGCUCGCCCCCGCAGACGAAGCAACUGAGUUUGUCAAAUGCAUGGGUGGCAGCGAAGCCGUUAUCAGAAACGCCGAUGAUUAUGUCAGGAAGAAAAACUACCGAUUCGCCGCUACUCUCCUGAACAAGGUCAUCUUUGCAGAUGCCACCAACCAGGCCGCAAAGGACGCGCUGGCGUCAGUCUACACGGCAUUGGGACAGGGCGCGGAGAACGGGACCUGGCGUAAUAUCUACCUGACCGGUGCCCUUGAGCUGCAAAAUGGGCCUCAAAAGGCAGUCAACACAAUGACGACAGAUUCAUUGCUGGCUCUCAAUUUUGACGAAUUGUUCGACACAAUGGCGAUCCUCAUAGAGGGGCCAAGGGCAUAUCUUCAACCGAAAUUGACUAUUGACUUUUACGUGGAAGACAUGCAACAAUUGAAAUCCCGGGGCGCCGGCUGGCAUUUGAGGUUGAGCAACGGUGCCUUGACCGGACAUGCCAUCCCAUACAUUCCAGCUCCCUCGAAGCGAACCACCGAAGGCCCUCUUAAGGUUUGGCUUUCGCAUAAGCAACUUGUGACGCUUAUUGGACUUGCGGACUCGGGUAAGCCUAGCAGCGUUGAACCGUUUAUAACAUCUGGCAGUGUGGAGAUUUGGAAGACAAUCACGUCCUUCAUCAAGUUGCCGAACCUAGCGUUCAAUAUUGUCACUCCCUAG